ACAUUGUAGAUUCAUGUUUUGGUCUAUAUAGUGUCAGAACAUACUGAAUAAUGUCCAUCCCAGUUUCUCAAAGACCAAGAUGGUACAUUUCUUGUUUCUUCAGCACAACAAACUAAUAAAUCUACUUUAACAUGAUAGAAAUGCGCAUCAGUAAAUCUCUAUAUUUGAGAGGCUAAUGCUGCAUCUUUUGAUGAGAAAUUCCCCAUAUUGAUUAUUCAGCUAUCAAAAUAGCUGAAUACUUUUCUGUCCCAUCAAUUAAUUAACUAAUUGCUCUUUUUUUUUUAAAAAACACAUUAUUUUUCUACAGUAAUAAUUUAAAAGGUAUAAAUAAUGUGUGGAAUCUGGUCAGCUACUUCAGUUUUAAUGAAGCCAUUGUUUUUUUAUCGUAUCACUUUCCCCUUUCCAAACACCUUUUUUAUUUAUGUACUGUUUAAUGACCCUUCAGAUCCUAGGUCGAUCCAAACCUGAUUUCAGGUCGUUAUUCAAAAGUAAAUGCAGUACAGUGAUGUGCCAUAAUCCUCACCCUUUUAGAUUUGUUUUAAUUACUUUACAUUACACAAUGAAUCGUAUAUCAGCUUUUGUACAAAUGUGCAAUUUAGGUAACCCAAAAGCAGUUGAAUAACAUUUGUGGAUUGUGCCACUCAGGGCAUUAUUUAUAAUUAUUUCACUUAUACAUAAACUACGUUGUACAUAAAGUACUACAUCAUAAAGGAAAACCAAUACAUUUAAACCAUAUAUUAUUUUCACAACCGACAAUUUAAUGACCUUAGGCCUAUAUUUUUAUUGAACAAGGACCAUGCAUAUACAUAUAUUAAUCUCAUAAAGAGAAGGGAUGCUAUAUGCCAGAUUAUAGCUAAACGCUACUUUCCAUCUGCAAUCCUUGAAUUCCCCUUGUGUUUUUUUAAUGUAAUACAUUUAUUGCAUUUAAACGAAAUGUCCCUGUUUCACCUUACUGGAUCUUUCUUACAGACUCCACCUCUUUCACGUGAACGCGCGUUAAGCCGAAUUAGAAAAUCCUGGGUUAACAAAGCUCGCAGAUAUCCAGCUUCAUAACUCGGGUAAUGUUUCUCCAUUUCCUUCGCUUAGACACUUAUUUAAUAAUGUGAAGAGUCCCGUGACGAACCGUCAUCUCUAAUAACAUCGGAUUUGUUGCUUUUAAUCACCGUAGGGUUAGACACGGUUACGUUUUGAUUACUAAAUCUAGCAUUGAAACAUCUCGGAUAACUGCGCGUAACCGCUCAGCCUCAUAGGGGAGAGCAAUCGAAAACCGAAUCAAGACCCAUGAAUACAGAAAGAGAUUUACAGAUGAGAAGAAACGAGAGGGCACAUUUCUUCAGCUCCAAAGAGCAGGAACUAAUAUUGAAGUUGUAUGAAGAAGAGAGAGAAAUAUUGACAGCCAAAUCUAACACCACCACCGCCUCCAAACAGAGAGAGGAAUCCUGGCAGAGAAUAGCUGAUCAAAUAAACACGGUUUCGGACAGUGGCUUCAAAAGAACGUGGCAGCAAGUGAAAGUCAAACAUAAGAAUAUCGUGCAAACAGCAAAAAGAAGACAGGUGGAGGUGCUGAGAAACCAGGGGGAACCAGGGACCCCGUCGCUGACCUCUGCAGAGGAGGACGUGCUGCAGCACAAAGACGGCCGGCUGAGAGUGGAGGUCCUUCCUGGGGGUGCCUUUAUUGAGCCACUGACGGGGUCUGAAAGCUCUUUUAUCAGUGUCUCAGGCCAUCCCGUCCUCCUCCUGCCGAUAACUAAGACAGAACCAGAGAGUGUGAGCAGUGACGAGACCGACGUCAGUGACUCUCAGUUUGAAGGGGUUUUGCAUAAUAGCAGCUUCCAGGAGAAGGCUAAUUCAGCAUGUGCUACAACCGGUGGCAGAAGAGAAGCGAGGCAUACAGAAGACAUACGGGCGCUUUACUGCAACUACCUAAAGAAGGAGAUGGAUAACCGGGACCAUCAGAUGGCAUACAGAGCACUGAAGAUGAGGAAAAUAGAGAAAGAAAUGUUAUUACUUGAUAAGCAGCUUAUGUGACCAUGGUCUUUUUUUUCUUCUUACUAUUAUUAUAUGUAAAAACAAUAUUUCAGGUCGGAGAAAGUAAUAAAUUGCCUUUGUCUGAAUGCACUGUUACUGAACACUGCCAAUUGUAUUAUUUGAUGUUUGCUAUAUGAUUUAUUGUCUAAUCAAGUCUUCUGACAUUUUUUUUCAACUUCAUUUGCAACAUCAACAGAAAAAUAUUGGGGACAAUAAACAAGGGAACACACAUUUAACAUAACAACACAUUACAUUAACUCAAGACAAAAUGUUCAUUACCUUUCAUACACAUUUCCUGUGGGAUUUAAUGAUGUAUUUGACUGGUCAACAUUAGAGAGCUUCAGUGGAACCUCAUUAAAUCGUGGGACUCUAAUCUAUAAGUAACAAUUUAUUUUCGCUAUCCAGGAAAUGGUUAGGGAGACAAUGUUGAAUGUUGGGCAGCCUUGCACUUAUUAAUGUUAUUUUGGUCGGAUAAGUCUGUUGCUUGUCUUUAAUGUUACAUAGUUAAGUUAACUUUUUUUGCAGUUUUGUUAUAAGUCUGUAGUUAAAGAGUGGGCCCAGCUACAAAAACAAGAGGCUGAAAGGCUGCCCGGUCGCACUGUUUUAUUUUACUUCCUCUUGAAAUCCUGUGCACGUUCUCUCCGAGACUUCACGGAUGUUAGCGCAAUUUUCAAGAUGGCGGAGUGCUUAGCGACACUUUAAGAACACCAUUUACCCUGCAACAAUUUAAAAGUCGAUUUAGGGUACGAAUCUGACCCGACUUAGUUGCUGCAUAUCUGCAGAUUCCUCUCGAGAGCAGCUCACUCAACUUUGACUUAAAUGCAGUAAUUGUCUGACUGAGCUGCGCGUGCACGCUCAACAUCUGAAGACAUCCUCUAUCGAGCUCUGAAAACAGGAUUCAUAUUUCUAGAGCUCGGCCCAUGGUAAAGAUCAAUGUAUUCUACUGACCAUGUGAAGCAGGAUUACUGGUUCAUGUGUAUUUAAAAUAUGCAGGUCGCAUUACAUGGUUGUUCAGAGCAAUUACACAUACCGUUU